AUGAAAGCUCUUCUGGCCGUCACCCUUCUCUGCCUCCUUGUUGCAGUGAAUGAAGCCAAAGAGUUUCAGAAAUGUGAGCUGGCUUCAAUUCUGAAUCAGCAUGGAAUGGAUGGCUACUAUGGUUACAGCCUGGGCAACUGGAUCUGCAUGGCUUAUCAUGAGAGCAGAUUCAACAGCAAGGCUGUGGGGCCGCCAAACAGCGAUGGCAGUCGUGACUAUGGGAUUUUUCAGCUCAACAGCCGCUGGUGGUGUUCCAACGAACAAGGCACAACGGCCAAUGGAUGCACAAGUUCCUGCAAUGCUUUCAUAGAUGAUGACAUCACAGAUGAUAUCAACUGCGCAAAGAGAGUUGUCCAAGACCCCAACAGGAUGGAUGCCUGGGUAGCAUGGGUUAACAAUUGCAAAGGGAGAGAUCUCUCAAGCUGGACUUCUGACUGCAACCUCUGAAUCUGAUGGUCUUACAUAAAAUCCAACAUUUCUCCUGCCUCUCCUGUAAUGAUCAUGACAGUUCUCCCUUUAUCAGCAGGUUUCAGCCAGGUUAUU